UAUGUCACGACUGUUUAUUCCCCACCCAUGGCUGUUGCUAGGGACUGCUCUAUAAAAUGCUAUCAAUGUCAAGUGAAGAUCUGUCAUCUAUGGAAGCCAGAAUGAGUCGAGUAGCCAGUGUUCUUGCACUUCUGCUGAUACUCCAGGGUCAGUGGAGAACUACGGCGGACACUUCUUCAACUGACUCAUCGGUGAGCGAAUCUGAAUCAACAACUUCUACAAGUACUGAAACUACUACUACUACUACAACUAUGGCUUCAACUAGAACAACUACAACUGGAGCACCAGUCAAUUCAGAAGCCGGGACUUCAGCUCAAGGAUCAAGCAGUUCAGUAACCGUGGGUGUAAAUGCAGCAUCAAGCAGCUCAGCAUCCGGGAAUGACCCCCAAAGAACAAGCAGUUCAGUAACCGUGGGUGUAAGUGCAGCAUCAGGCAGCUCAGCAUCCGGGAGUGACCCCCAAGGAACAGGCAGUUCAGUAGCCGGGAGUGCAACUGAAGCAUCAGGGAAUUCAACUACAACGGAGUACUCCAGCAACAGUACAACAGGAUAUAACAUGGGUGAAGAAGUAAGGAUCACCUGGCUUCCCAUCAGCAUCUUCAUGUUGACAGCUCUUCUACUUGCUGGCUUCUAAAGUAUACCUUCCUGUGGGCUGAGAGAAAAGUUCGUUCUGUUAACACAGACAAACAUUUCUCUACAUGAAUGACUACUUUCAGUCGGCAUUUCUCGUACAGGUCGACAAUAAACGUGAUUGCCAGACUAAAGAUUGUGAUUGCUGCCUGUCAUCGUAUUGUGACUGGAUUCAAUCUUUUUUACAUAGUAACUUUUGAAACCCUUUAAAUAGCUGAGAAUAGUCACCAUAUACAUGUGUAUCAACGUAUUAUACACGUACACAAACGCACUAAUUGCAGCUAUUCCAAUCUUUAUCAUUGUGUGCAUACACACAAGAAUGAGCGAAGAAAUUUAAUCACAAAAAUGUAAGACAUAAACGAUAAUUCUCUUGCUUUUAAUUUUGUUAAUUUGUCAAAUCUGUUAUUCUGUCUCUUUCUUUCUCUCUGGUAUCUAAACACACAAGUGUAAUAUGAACUAAGACAUAGUCUUAGGGAUUGCGAUACCUUAGAGAAAAAGAGUUUUGUUUUCCAUGUCUUUUGAGGACCUGUCUGUUCUCAAUAUUAUUACUUUCUCUUUUUUCAGCUCUGUACUUCUGCCUUCCAGAUGAUAUCUUAGCUGUAAUUGUCCAUUGGAGUUUUACAUAUACUAGUCUAAUUUUGUUGAAAUAAAUAAGUUGAAUGGUUGUUAAAUGAUUUGUUUCUUACUCUUUCUUUGCUGUCAAUCGACUGCUCUUCUUAAUUGUGACAGGCCGAGGGCCUAGACAGUACAGUUCAGCUCCUCUUUGUUCGAGCAAUUAAAGUGUGUUGACCUCUACUAACAACUUGAAUAAAAAGAACAUGACUUGA